CAGAUGCAAAUACCCGAAGUACAGCGAGAGGACGGAAACUUCUGGAGACCACAUAGUACUUGUGUACACUGCCAGACAUCGGCCGACAGUGAGGACUGAGGAGAACUGGGGUAGAUCUGUCAAAUCAGCGUGGACAUCGUAAUCUUGCAAGGCGCUGACGAAUAUGGAGCCACCACUGCCUGAAGGCCUGGACUGUUGUGUUUAUCUUCAGCAAGGGCGCCCCGCAUUUUAUUGCAAUGAGUCAUCCUGGACACUCUUCACAACCGCUUUGUGUCAAUUGUCAAACCAAGAGACAACAUCUGCAAAAACAACCAAUCCUCAGUUUUGAACAGGAAGCCGUGCACUUUAUUUUGCUUCGCGGCUCCUCUUCUUGGCUGACUUGUGAGGACUCCAGGGGAGCCAGGGUCUUGAGACCUUGUUCUUUCUUUCUCAUCUCUCCCCAGUCAUUCUUGGACAUCCUGCCAGCCAUGAUGCGCACGAUAAAUUGCAGCAACACACUCUCUGUGGAUAUUCGUGUCAAAAAGCCCCCGAACGCAAAUGCUAUACAAAACUAUGUCUCGUCCUUUGCAACAGGCGAGAAGAUCGAGGGUGUUGUCUCAAUCGUCUCACAAAAUGAUCUCAGCUUUGACAAUCUUUACAUCUCAUUUAUAGGGGAACAAAGUACGGAUAUCCCCAGUAGCAUUCCUGAUAAAGCACAUCGACAAUUUUUAAAGCUUGAACAACCAAUCGAUGAAUCUGCUAUUCCAAGUUCCAAGGUCUUUAAAAAUGGGCGGAGAUAUGAAAUCCCCUUCAACUUUGAAGUCACGGACUAUCUCCCUGCCUCUUCCUGCCGUCACUCUGCCAAUCCCCUUAUCAAGGCUGCCCAUCUCCACCCUCCUCCAAGCUGUGGUGAUGCUAGUAUAUCAGGAUUCGGCGGUAAACUGCGGGAUGACUUUGCACCGUCUGGGUGCAAUGUCAACUAUUCUAUCUAUUUCAAACUCGAACGACCCAGUAUAACAACUGGCUUACAGGAGACUAUCAUGGCGAAAAGGCUCAAGGUGCGAGUCAAGCCAGCUGUUGGCGAUGUGCCGCUUCCAGAUUUUCCACUGGGUAGCCUCGCCGAUGAAUACAGCCUCCACCAUGAAGAGCUCAUCCAUAGCAACUUCCCUAAACGCGUGAUCGGCCACUUAGCCAUGACGUUGGAGCAACCGGAGUGCUUCUACCAUCCCCUGCGAGAUCCAAUUAGGUUGAUCAGCAAAGCUAUCCGCAUUUUCCUAGUAUACAGACCUUCUAAUCCGGCUGAUUCAAAACCACCGGAUCUCAAGUCUCUCCGAGCCCAGAUAAUUGCGACAACUAUAUACACCACAAACAUUGACGAUACCCAUCCCCCUUCCAGGAAGAAGGACUUUCUCAACCGCCCAAUCAACUUCCGUGACGCCGAGCUUCCAUUGUCCAUUCCUUCUCUUCCGCGGCUACGCUGGACGCAGGACGAGAUGGGGAGCUAUACAGCAACCCUACUAGUCCCAGUGACUCUACCCAAAGACAAGAGCUUUAUUCCAACGUUUCAUUCCUGCUUGAUAUCGCGAGUAUACAGUCUUGCGUUUCAGCUUUCUGCCCAGGGUACAUCUUCGCCAUUCCGACUACGGGCUGCGAUGCAGAUUGCUGCAGAACGAGAUCCGUCUGCAUUGCCUUCGUAUAAUGCUUCUUUAGGAGUUAUCGAUACGGCUUGAUGAUGGGUUUUGCAUUAAUGAGUUUACGAGAUGUGUUUUGCAUUGGUUAGUUUUUUGGGUGUAUAGUAUAAUAUAAUAAGCCUAAUUUCUCACCUAAGUUCCUUGCUACUAUGUUGCCCGCUUUCUUGAAAAAACGACAGGACCCCGGGACCAUCUACAGACUUCUAGGUCUGACAUUUCACUGCAUAGAUACCAAUAGCCCUAACUGCGGGCAGAUUAUCGGGGCUGCAGUGGGAGCUGUAAAUCUCGAGUAUAUCUGGCCUUUGCACCUUGCUACUAUCUGAGCAGACUUGUUCUAACUACUAUGUAUGAUUGGAACACUAGAAUAGCUUGUGGGAGUCUACCUACAGCAAUAUACAGAGGAAACGUGACUUCCCAAUUAGGCUGCAGCCUCUCCGCACUACCACAACUUCUGAUCUCCACCU